AUGGAGUCAUUUCCUGCCUUACGAAAAUGUGCUCUCGCUCAAUGCCGCCAAAGUCAACUUGCUUCACCUCUUUUCCUUGAUUUUCUCGCCCCAAAUGUCCAGCGAACUAAACGUCGAUAUGGUACCAUUACCGAACCUUCCGCUACGAAGCCACGAUACAUCUUGAGCAAACAGCAGCGACAAUACCUAGAUAGUGCACUACGUGUGAAUCAGGCAGGGGAACUUGCUGCUGUUCUCAUCUACAAGGCGCAGAAUCCUAUUGUGAUUCGCUCCUACCCACACCUUCGGCCCUUGAUGAGACAUAUGUACGACCAGGAAGUCGGCCACCUCAAAACAUUCAAUACACUCGUUGCCAAACAUGAAGUUCGACCAACCGUCAUGUAUCCAAUAUGGGAGGUAGCGGCCUCGUUCUUGGGCUGGUCAACCGCCGCUCUCGGUCGUGAGGCUGCCAUGGCAUGUACCGAAGCGGUCGAAACGGAGAUUGGAGGACAUUACAAUGAACAAGUACAAGAAAUUUUGUCAUGGCAGGCUGAUGCAGAGAAACGUGGAGAGGAAUUGGAUGAUGAGUUGAAGGACCUCUUGGUCACACUUCGGAGGAUUCGUGACGAGGAACUUGAACACUUGGAUCAUGCCGUAGAGAAUGAUUCCAAAGAGGCCAAGCCGUACGAUCCUAUUGUUCAGAUCAUUCGCCGUGGUUGCCGUACUGCUAUUAAUAUCAGUGAAAAGUUCUGA